AUGAGCGAAGUCGAAGAAAUACACAUUAAAAUGGAUGAUAAUACCGCGCACAAUGGAGAACAAAUAACAUUACUAUCUGUAUCUCCUAAUGGUAAACAUGUAAUCACGUAUAGCAGCAAAGAUCGUUCAAUUGAAGGAUGGAUUGUCGACUUUAAAUGUGCCCCACUUAAACGAGACCCUGAAAUGGAUGGAUAUCCAUUACCAGAUUCUGAUGAAGUUAAUGAAAUUAAAGUUAAUGAUGAAAAAUUUGUUUUAUAUGCAUGGGAAAAUAACAUUAGAACCUUUCAAAUUUCAAACAAUCAUCCAAUUAAAGUUCAUGCUUUGAAUCUCAGUUUUCGUUCAUUUGAUUUCAAAAACAAUGGCGAUCUUGUACUACAGGAUGGAUUAACGUUUACUACAGAGUUUUUAAUAAAUGUUUAUUCUCAAACAAGAAAUGGACUAAUGUUUACAUCAAAACAUAUCAUCUCCAUAGGCAAUAAUUUUUUUGAAGAAGUUUCCUCGGCCCUAGAACGCAAAGUAAUUAUUAAGGAUGAUAAAGUAUGGAUCAUUUCUCCAGAUUAUUUAUUUCAAUGGGACUUAAAUGUAAUUCAAUUCGAAUUUAGUUAUUCGCUUGAAUUUGACGGCAAAGACGUUGAAGAUAUUAUAAUGAGAAAAUUUAGUCUUAAAAGUAAAUCUUCGAUUGAAGUAUUAAGCAAUUACUAUAUCAUGGCUUUUAAUAUACCCAAUUUAGAAAAAACAAGAUAUAAGCCUACAUCACAUAACUGA